GAUUCCGGAAGCUCUGGUGGUAAAGGAGAAAAUCUUUCCAUGAGUUCUUACGGUAAAGUGAAACGAAGUGAUCCAUCAGAUGACAGCCAGCGAGAACCUCUAUAUUAUCCAACGCCAUAUGCCACGACUCAGCUAUCUACAUAUAGCGAGUCACCUAACACAUCCCACUGUAAUACGCUCAGGAGGCACGACGGAAAGGGACACGAAUAUGAUAUACCUCAUAGACACGCGCAGAUGGGUGAAUACACAUCCUACGCGAAGUUAUGGACGCGAGCUCAUGACAAUAUGCCAGUUGAUGGUAACUUAUCAAUGGCGUCAAUGAAAGUAAACAGUUUUCAUCUAAAAUCCAUAAUUGGCAGCUAUGAGGAAGGGGCCAGUGAUCCGGAAGAAGGGUCUCACAUGGCCUGCCCCCCUCACCCGGACCCCACAGACAUUGACGAAUUAUCGGAAACCGAAUGCGACAGGCAUCACAACUCCUGGAUUGUUAUCAGAGAUACUUUCGAAGAGAACCUGAUGAGAAGAGUGCCUCGUGUUUGCUGAAAGUCAUUUUCUUGAGUGAGAUCAUAGUCAUCAAUGUUGUUAUAACACUUGAGACACAGGAAUGUUACUUUUAGGAAGAACGAUAAUCAUUGUACAAUGUCGAUGACUAUCCAAAUACAUCAUAAUCAUCAACAACAUAAUCUUUCUAUGUUAUCAAAAGAUGUGGAAAAUGCCAUCUUUGUCUGUUGUGCCAUGUAAUGGAACUAUCAUAUAAGGAUAUAUUUUUUCGUUAUUUCAUUUGUGAACCUUAGAACAGAAGGAACUACAAAAGAUAUUUGAUCAUUUUGUGUCGCUGGAAAUAAAAUUUCAGAAUCCUAUUUGAAGACUGAUAAAAUAAAGGAAGAUUUUUUUUC